AUAACGCUGGGAAAAUUUAAUAUAAAAAAAAAAAAAAAACAGGCGGGUCUCGGGUCGGGCCCAAAAUGUUAAUCUGGUUCGGGCACAAGAUCUAACCUCUAAGAGAUAGGACAUAACAUAACAAUGGCUGAAGCGGAGAAAGAGGGAGCGAGAAAGAUUAUUGAUGCACCUAAGACAUUGAAAGCAGACAUCUGGAGACAUUUUGGCUUCUACGAGGUUGGUGGGAAACUUGACCAGAGUUAUGCGGUGUGUAAAAAAUGAAACAUGAGAAUAAUAAUGCAAAUGGGGAAACCAAAUCCGUUGCAUCACCGGAAUUGCGCAGGGAAGAUUUUUGAACAUACUUAUAUAUUUUAAAAUGCGCUGAAUCGAUUCGGCUUGUUGCCCGCAUCGAAUCGAAUCGUCCAUGCCCCGCAUCGGGAUGCAUCGCCGCCGUCGAUUAUUGUUGACACCACUACUUAUCAGUCAUGGUAUCAUUUUUUGUCACGUCAUAUGUAGUUUUAACUGUCUGUGUUCGAUUGGUAGGAACAAAAACCUGGACCCACAGUGGCCCUUAAGGACCGGUUUGGACACCCCUGAAGUAGAUUGUUAGUUCAGUAGUCAGCACGCUCAACUGCUGCAGUGAUAAUGUGGUUUGUUGUUCAACUGAACUGUCAGCUAACCGUUUUUUUUUUUUUAACAGUGUGCCCAAGAUUCUCACCUUUGUUUCUCUGUCUCUGUUCUCAUGAAGAAUGGCGUUAGCGCAGAUGAAUAUGAAAAUCCCGAUGCCCAUGGUGAAGGGCCCGAACAUCUUCAUCUUCUCUGAGUGCCGAUGCCGCUCCAGGAAGCGGAUGACUCGGGUCCUCCUCCGCCGGGCGGGCUUUGACCCGAAGAUGGCGGCCAGUAGCCCAAGGUGGCCAUGGCGAUCCCCGCGGCUAGAACGAGGAGACCCAGGAGGAGGAAGAAGCCCGAGGCGGAGUAGAGGCGCAAGCGACCGCGCACGACAACCACGUCGGUGCGCCGCUUUCGUUUUCUGGGGGAAUGACACGCAAGAUCGACCACCAGAUAUCGUCUGCCGGCAAAAUCCUUACAGAUGUCGGAAUGCCGCUUAUUUCCUGUGUUUACACGCCAGCCAAGUCCAGAUUUUUUUUUUUGCGUUGACACGGGAUGGCUUCAUUUCGCUCGGACAUCGCCGUCGACAUGACGACCCCGACCUCGACACAAACGAACACAUGUAGGUCGAAAGUGCUCUCACCGCCAUUCAUGUUGUUGGACUACUGCUGCCGAUGUUGUGGAUUCACGCUCAUCAAGCGCCAUGGGGCCGCCUCGCUCAAGACCGCGCCCAGUGACACUUGGGUGGUUCUGCAGAACCUGCUGAUGUGCAUGGUCUGCUUCUACUCGCUCUACUACAUGGUGGUUAGCAUUUGCAUCGGCCUACUUAGGGUUCAUGAAAUCAACAGUCUUCUGGCACCGUUCGACUACACCACACAACCGUCAUGGCAGAACCCAAAAUAUCUGGUGGGCGUCAUCUCCACAGAAGUCACAUACGUUCUGGGAGGACUGGUGUUCGCCUGGAUAGUGGAGGAGUGGGUUUGGGACUACGCCAUUACUGUUACGCUGCUACACGUGGCCAUGACUGUAGCAGUAAUGUCAGAUUUCCCCUCAACCGAACAUUGGUGGAUCGCACUGGGUUCAGGCCUGGUGAUGAUGAUAUUUGGAGGACAGGUGCUAGCCUAUAAACUUUUCAGGAGUAACUUUGUUUCACCGGCCGAACUGCAGAACUUCUGACGGAGGCACUGGAAGCUUCAUCCAGGAGCGAAGAUUGCCAGUGUUUCUGAUUUGUUUUUGUAAAACAAACAUUUAAUAGUACCGUAAUUUUCGGACUAUAAAUUAAUAAUAAUUAUUAUUAAUAAUAAUAAUUUUGAAUCCUGCGGCUUAACGUCCAAUGUGACUUAUUUGUUGAUUUAGUUGGGUUAAUAGGUAACACUUUCUUUGACAGCGGUGUCAUAAGACCGUCAUAAUUAUGACAUGAGACUAUCAUGGGCAUUAAUGAAUGCUUAUGAUGGUUGCCAUUUACAUCCAUUCAAAUAAGAGAUAAUUUGCCGGAUGACACAGAAAGACAUCAGUCAUAAGCAUUCAUUAAUGCUCAUGGCAGUGUCAUGUCAUAGUUUUGAUGGUCUUGUGACAGUCUUAUGGCGCCAGUGUCCAAUAAAGUGUUACCAAAUACCAUAGCUAGCAAUUAAUAAAACAACUAGAACAGUAACUGAAAGAUCAAUUAGCACACAACCUUGUGAGGAAGAAGCGGCAUGGAAAAUGAAUGAAUUUUGAUUGUAAUUUACAUUUGCUGGGCUGCAAUGCAUGCUAGGAGGCAUGUUGGAUGACAACACUGUUGACAGCAGAAGGUUGACUGCCUCCCCCAAAGGAGCAGUGAUGGCCAAUUGAAGCGUUUUGAAGCAAUGAAGCUUUGCAGCCAAUUGGUUCAAAGCUUCAUGGUGGUUCGUUUGGUCUUAUGACAGUUCUAUGAUGCCGCUGUCAAAGUGUUACCGGUUAAUAUAUUUUGGUGUAAAUAUCCCAUGAUACGUUGAGGACAGCUGUGGUUUAUAGUCCUGUGCGGCUUAUCUAUGAACAAAUGCAAUUUUCGUGUCAAAUAUGGUGGGUAGACGGCUUAUAGUCAGGUGCGCCUAAUGGUCCAAAAAUUACAGUGUUUCCCUUCUUGUCCAAAUGACUUUUGUUUGAAAAAUGUGCAGCUACUGUGCAUUUUUUUAUUGUUUGUUAAAUUGCUCGAUUUUAGGUUGUGGUGAAUGGUAAUCAGAGGUGGGCAGUAACACGUUACAUUUUACAACUUUUUGAGAAAAAUAUAUUUCUUGGAGUAGUUCAUCAGAAGUUCAUCAAAAGAUCAUCGAAAACAAAUAAUUGAAUUGAGACCAGAACGUCACUGAAACAUCACCCGUCCAAAGAGCAUGAGUGCCCUCUUGUGGAGAAAAAACAUUGUUACCUCUAAUUGGUCAGUAUAAAACAUCACCCAUCCAAAGAGCAAGAGUGUCCUCUAGUGGAGAAAAACAUUGUUACCUCUGAUUGGUAUAAUGGAGUCACGUGGUUAUUGGUGCGAUGUCUCAUUGGUGAAACUGAGACAGCCACUGUUGGCAUAUCUGGCAAAAAUAAAGUCAAUAUGUAAAAAAAAGAGGAAAAAUGUAAUGACUAGUGUGGCACAAAGUAGAGGAGUAAGAGUAAUGUUUCUUAUUCACAAAUCUACUCAAGUAAAAAGUAUUGCGUGGUAAAACUACUCCAAGAAGGGCAUUUUUCGCAAAAAGUUACUCAAGUAAAUGUGACACGUUACUACCCACUUAUGUUUUUACUUGGGUAAUAUUAUUUAUAAUUAACGCUACUCUUACUUUUGUAAAGGUUUUGGCUACACUUCCCACCUCUGAUGGUUAUACAUAUAACAAUCUGUAUGGAUACUACUGUAUAUUGUGAUUGAUAUUUAUGUAGUUUUAGACAGAAAACAUGCAUUUGUCCAUCUCUCUUAUAUUUAAUUUUGAAUGUAAUUUUGAUCUUUACCUGUUUUA